AUGGAGGAGUCCACGAACGGCAUCAACAGCAACAACAGCUGCAUUGGGAGCAGCGCUCCUGCUGCCUCUGGAUCCGCAUCUGGAACUGUCACGGGAGCAAGUGCUCUUCUCACGUCUGGAUUGACUACGUCCUUGAUGGCCGAAGAAGUACUCAGCUUUUUGGACCCAACCUCUGUUUUGACUUGCAUGGAAGUCUCUCAGAUUAAGAGUCAGUUUCAAUUGACAAACUACUAUUGCCGACAACAUGGAAGCAAGCUGGGAUGUCAAGAGGCUCUGCGAGAAGAGAUUCCAAAGAAGUUCUUCUGGUUCGCGAAAGCUGGCAAUCAUGCCAAGAAAAAGCAGAAAAAUAUUGAGUGUGAAGAUUGUGUUCAUCUUGAGCAUGGGAUUGAUCGCUGCCCUUGUUGCGGGGAAAUGAUGGGCCAGGACUGCAUACGUACAUGCGACAAGCCUGGAUGCGGCAAGAAGGCCUGCGAAACCUGCACUGACAAGGAAGACGCUUUGCUGGACUGGUGCGAAAAAUGUAGUGAGUGGACUUGCAAGGAAUGCGUACCAGGAGAACGCAUGUAUUGUUGGGGUUGUGACGAGUACGAGUGGGUGUGUGGCAACUGCAAUGCCUUUGAUCCACUCGAUGUCUACUACAAUUGUCUUGAUGGUACUUUCUGCGUCCCCUGCCAAGGGCGCGUGAUUUGUGCGCAUUGCGGUAUUGGUAAAUGUGAGAGCUGCAUGGAACCCUGUGGUUGCAAUACCAACUAAUUUCUGAAUAGAA